ACACGCAACAGAUCCACACCGUGCAUUCAGCUGAACACACACAAGUACUCCACUACAACAAGUCUACAACCCCCACUCUCUCUCUCAGCUAGCUAGCUAGCUAGAGAGUAUCUGUACUGUACGUACCGCGUACCAGUCGACGAUGAUGCCCUAUGGCACGGCGGCGGGGGCGGAGGCGGCGCUGGGGCGUUCCAUGAGCUGGGCGGAGGCCCUGUGGUUCCGGUACUCGGCGGCGAUGCCGGAGCUGUGGCUCACGUCGCACAUCGCUCUCGUCUACCUUGUCAUGUACGCGGUGGCGCCGCUGCCCGUCAUGGUUCUCCAGCAGCUCGCGCCGGCCUACGCACUGCGGCACAAGCUGCAGCCCGGGGUGCCGCAGCCCUCGCCGGUUUCUGUCUACCUAAGCUACAUAAGCGAAAGCAAGGGUCUCACCCUGUCCGUCUUGGGCCCUUUCCCACUUAUCUACUCCGCUGCAUUCAAGUUGUUUGGGGUCCGGACGGGGCUCCCUUUGCCGUCCGUAUGGGAGACAGCGAUGCACCUGGUGGUGUACUCGUUGGUGGAGGACUACCUGUCCUACUGGCUCCACCGCUUCCUGCACACCAAGUGGGGCUACGAGAAGAUCCACUCGGCCCACCACGAGAAGACGGCGCCGUCCGGGUUCGCCGGGUCCUAUGCCACCGGCACCGACCUCACCUUGUACACCAUCACGCUCUUCUUUGGGCCAGCGAUCGUGCCAAGCCACGUCACCACACACUGGCUCUGGUUCUCCAUCCGCAUAAUGGAAGCCUUCGACGCACACUGCGGUUACGACUUCCCAUUUAGCCUCGCAAGGUUCAUCCCAUUUUUCGGUGGCGCAGAGUUCCAUGACUAUCAUCACUAUGCCGGAAAGAAAACCAAGAGCAAUUUUAGUUCUGUGUUUAGAUAUUGUGAUUAUAUAUAUGGGACAAACAAAGGCUACAUGUACCACAAGAGAAGCCUAGCCAAGCUGAAGAUGAAGGAGGUCAAACACAACAUGAAGGGCAGCAGCGGGAAAGAGGAUUGAGAUUAAUUAACAUUUUAUUCUUGAAUAAGUUGAACGGUGAACAUAUACCCAUCAUAUACAAUUUGUUGGUUUCAUUGCCUAGAGAUCAGAUAUCCAACAAAUAAUCCAUAUUUAUCACCACAAGGUUUCUCAAUAUAUAUAUGUAGUCUUAGGGCUAGUUUGGUUGCACUCCAGUCCACCUCAAUCCAUAUUGUUUGGUAGGGAUUGUAGUGGAUUUAAGUUCAUCCGAACAAGUCCUUACAUGAAUGUACAUGUGUAAUCUGUAUGUCCACUAGCUAAGAGAAUAUAUCAAAGGUUUGCUAAUAAUUAUAGAUUUCUAGUGAAAA